CUCUGCCUACGUCACUACUGUGCGACGCACAUGUCGAGGUGAAAGUGCGUGCUGCCAUUUUUUCGACGGAAUCUUCCUGAUCAGAACAGAAACAACCUGAGAGCCUCUCCGUCUCUCUGCAGCGGGCUAGCUUCAUCUGCACGGGUAUUACAGCAGCUCGGUGCACAUUAACCCGGGUUAGAGCACGUUAACCCGGGUUAGAGCACAUUAACCCGGGUUAGAGCUCCGGGUAGCUCGGCUAGCUAGCGUUAGCUGCGGCUGUAAACAAACAGCAGACUGAGAGAGGAGAGCAGCUCAGAGGAGCUCACUCAGCUCACUCACAUCACUCACAUCACUCACAUCACUCACAUCAGCUCGGCUCAGUCUGAUGUGGAGGAGAGUUCAGGUGGAGACCGAGCUAACGGACCGGGAGAGAGAUCACGGUAGAACCGGGAGGAGAGCUGAGCUGGAGGCGGGAGAAGGGUUCUGAUGCUGCAGGUAGAGAGGACUCUACUCCAGCUUUGAUGACACUGAGAGUUUCUCUAAACUAGGUGUCGGAGCUCAGAGGCUUUAGAGCAGGUCGGGUUAGGAGGGUCACCGGGGAACACACACCGAGCACCGGCACCGAGCACCGGCAUGUCGUCCUUCUCUGAGUCGGCUCUGGAGAAGAAGCUGACGGAGCUGAGCAGCUCUCAGCAGAGCGUCCAGACUCUGUCUCUGUGGAUCAUCCACCACCGCAAACACUCCGGACUCAUCGUCCGAGUCUGGCACCGAGAGCUCAAGAGAGCUAAAAGCUCCAGGAAGCUGACGUUCCUGUAUCUGGCCAACGAUGUCAUCCAGAACAGCAAGAAGAAAGGACCGGAGUUCACCAAAGACUACGAGACCGUCCUCGUCGACGCCUGCUCCCACGUUGCCAGAGAAGCAGAUGAGGGCUGUAAAAAGCACAUGGAGAGACUGCUGAACAUCUGGAAAGAGAGAGCCCUCUACAGAGCGGACUUCAUUCAGCAGCUCAAACUGGCCAUAGAAGACUCUAACAGCCCCCGGCCUUCAGAAGAGAAGAAGGCCGUGAAACGAAGCUAUCAGAAGAUCCAGGAGGAAGAAGAUGAUGAAGAUGAUGACUACAGAAGCCACGGCUCUCCUCACAACGCAGACAUCUCAGCAACGCAGCUAACAGAGGAGCUGGUGAAAGCCCUACAGGACUUGGAGAACGCUGCAUCGGGUGACGCAGCAGUUCGUCAGAAGAUCGCCUCGCUGCCGCAGGAAGUCCAGGACGUUUCCUUGCUGGAGAAAAUUGGCGACAAGGAGGCAGCAGACAAGCUGUCGAAGACGGUGGACGAAGCGUGUUUGCUGCUGGCGGAGUACAACGGCCGACUGGCUGCAGAGCUGGAGGACCGGAGGCAGCUGGCUCGCAUGCUGACUGAAUACAUCAACAGCCAGAGGGAUGCGCUCAUGGAGAGAGAGAAGAAACUAGAGGAGUAUAAGCAGAAACUGGCGAGGGUGACCCAAGUUAGGAAAGAGCUGAAGUCCCACAUCCAGAGUCUCCCUGACCUGUCCCUCCUGCCCAACGUGACCGGGGGUCUGGCCCCGCUCCCCUCGGCUGGAGACCUCUUCUCCACCGACUGAGAGGUCUCGGCCCAGUCAGACUACCGCCGUGCCCCUCCCUACCCGAAACCCACAACAGUUCCAGCUGUGUCAUCAGUCAGAGGACACGUGGUCAAACCUCUCCCAAGGCAGCAAGCUCACCUGCUAAAUCCAAACCUGUAGGACGAGAGUGAGGACGGGACAUUAGAAGGUUUGGUGAAAUCAAAACGCUCUGCAGAGGAGAACAGAGAUUCUGUCGGCCUGGAGUUUUCCAGCACUUGCUGGAUCGACAAGGAUUCCACUCCACCAGCUUAGAACCAGUUUGUUUCCUGUUUGUUUUUACUUUAUUUUUUAGGAGGGGCGGGGUAAAGAAGCAAAAGCUUAGACAGACAUGAAUGUUGGCUGUCAGGACGUGUCAAUCAAAGUGUCUUUCUGCGUGGUAUAUUGUGGAUUCAAUGAGAGAAAGGUGGGCCGUUUGCUUUCAUAAUUCUCAGAGGUUGUGACUACACUGUGAAGACGAUGUACCAUUCGUUAGUUUUAUUUUUUCGGGUUUUCAGUUGGUGGCUUUUUAUCAGCCCGUUAGGUGGUCUUGAUGUGUGUGUAAGAUUAGAGAAGUUAUCAGAUUGGGUUCAGUGUACAUUGCUUUUCGGUUACUUCAUGAACGCACAUGGUUAACGGCCGCUAGUCAGCACACUCAUUUCAGUAACACUUCAUAGAGACGGUGAUCAUAUAGGUUUUGUCCUCAUAGUUAAAAUCAAUAGUUACGCUCUGUUUUUUUGUAUUCUCAUUCAUCAAAACUUUGCGAUUCAGAGUUCCCAUUUGUUUUCACGCAUUAAUUUGGACAGAUGCUUGAAAUAUGGUAAUAAGUGUGUAAUAGACGAGGUUUGAGUUUUACAAAUAAACCCUUGAAGUUUGAGGAACAAUUCAAACGUGAAUGUUUGCUUUCCAAUAAUCUACCUGGUCUUUAAUUAAAUAAGCCAUUAAAACUCAAAAAUACAAAAUACUUCUCAGAUGUGAAAAACUAAAGUAUUAAAGAUCGUUAAGUAUAAGUGUGUGUAGAGCUGAGCAAUAAAGAAAUAUCAAGAUAAGUAGAUAAAAUGAAGACCGUUUAUAUGUAUAUCAUAGGGCUGCACGAUUAUGGCCAAAAUGAUAAUCACAAUUAUUUUGAUUAAUAUUGAGAUCACGAUUAUUCAUUGAUUUUAGCGACAACAUAUUUUAUUGCACUUUCACAUUAAAAUAAACAGAGCACUGCUUUCACUUCAAUGCUGUGCUUCAUCCCUGUUAAUGUACAUUUAGGGCUGCACGAUGCUGGAAAAAAACUAUACUGAACUAUAUUGCAAUAUUGAAAAAAUACAGGAAUAUUCACCCCGUUGUUAGCUACAUUUUAAAGAUAAAUGCUUCAAUCUGGUGCACUUUGAGAGCAAAAUUAGCAACAAUAAGAGCUAGAUAAACUAUUUUAUGCUCUUGAUUUCAUCACAUUGGUUGUAUAGCUAAUAUCAAUAACCAAAAGUGACGUCUAAACAUCUGGAUCACCGGCUGGAUGUUAGUUUAGGAAUCGUUUGAUUUGAUAUGCAGCAGAGUUUUCUAUGAGCAGAACGAGCAUUUUAAACGUCAAUAUCUCAGGAGAUCAUGUUCAUUUAAUUUCGGGAAGCCAAAAUUGUGAUCGCGAUUAAUGAAUUAAUUAAUUUGAUUAAUUGUGCAGCCCUAAAUAUAUCACAUGUGUUUUGGUUUAAAAACAAACAAAACAUUGAAUGUAAAAUGAAAUGGACUGGAACUGUCAUUUCCAGCUAAAUUCUCUUAAGUAUUUAAGAAAAUUGUGCUUAAGGAUUCACAAUAAUGAUUCAAAUGAUGAAUAAUAAUUUAUACAUAUUGCUCAGUCCUAUGUAGAUGUUCAGUGAUGAAAUAUUUUACUAAAAAGUAACAGCAACAAAUUAAGGUUGAGUUAAAAUCCCCAAAUUGUUUUUGGUCCAGUAGUUUAUGAUUUCCUGACCAGCAUGUAUUAUUUGUUUAACUCAUAUUUGAUUUUCCGUCUGCAUACAGGAAAAAAUGAAUUUGGGAAGUUAUUAAACCUUUUUUAUAAAGUUUUAUAAAAACGACUGUUUUUGUUAAAGCUUUCAGUAGUCGAUCACGGCUCCUGCUGCUGGUGAGACGGACGCUUUUUUAAAGUUGAAGAAGAGUUGCAGUCACUUACCUGCUGAUGCAACGAGCUCGGGCGAGAAAUGCUGCUGCAAAUCCUUUUCAGUGACUCUCAGAUUGAUUGGUGUCUCCUGGCAGGCUGGAACACAACAUGUUUCAAACAGCAGGUAAGAAAUCACAGCAGCUUCAGCAGUGUUUGUUAAACUAAAGGAUGGAAUCAUUACAAUCACUGGUGUGCGGUCACAAAACAGAUAUUUGGGACUGUUGGUACAUUAAAAUUACAGACUGGAGGGAUUUUUACCCGUUAUGUGCUUCAGUUUUGAUUAAAAUAUAAUUCAAUGAUGAAAGAUAAAAACAAAGUGUCCACUGUAUGCCAGGAAGGAUUUCAGCAGCAUUUUGACCCGGGUGUGCUUCACUGUAGAUAUUAGUUAGAUCUUUUCUUACCUACUUGCAGUGUGGUAUGCGUUUCUCUCUGCAGAAUCAUACUGUACUACCAAGACUCGUCCAAUAGGGGAGGUGCUUUUCUGUUAUGGAAGUGAUUCAGUGAAUGACAAUAAACUGAAGCCAUGUAAACGAA